UGCAGGUUGCAGAAUGGGCUUGGGGAGAAUUGCUAUAGCAACCGCAAACAUAAAGGCCCUACAGAGCCAGCUCUGAGAGGCAUUGUGACCUGGACAAUUACACAUCUACAAGCCAUACAAGACAACUGGAUCACUUCAAAAGGUAAUAUUAAAUUGAGCAGGUACACAAUCAAUCAUGUCGUGGUUCAGCUGGAGCAAGCCCUAUUAUAGGAGCCCACGACGCGAGCCGUCUGAAGUGGUGACAGACACCCUGAUGUUGGAGCUGAGCUGGCAGAUGAGAGAAGCGGAGAGGCUGCACCAUGAGCGGGACGAUGAAUAUCGGAGAGUGAAGAGUGGCGUGGACUACAGCUGGCUCAUGAGCACACCACACAGCAGAUAUGACAUCAGCCAAGGAGAAAGACUGGGCCUUGAAGACCUGUGUAGCAAAGUGCCACCAUCAUACUGUGGAUCAUUAAUACAGAGGUUUCGGCAGGUGCUAUUGGAGAAUGAGCCUGAGGUGCAGGAGGUUUCUGGACUCUUUCGCUCUGCUAUUGUGGAAACACUGGAGUGUGUUCAGGAAGAGCAGGAGGAUCAGCGUCUCAUCCACCAGUGGAACAACAAACGCUCCAUCAGCCUGUCGCUGCUGAGCUUUAAGUCACGUGUGCGGAUCAACCCAUUCAGCAGCACCUUGGAACUGAAUUCCAACAGUUAUGGCUCGGAGGAAGAUGGCGUUGAUGUUAAGACUGUAUGUGGGAACGUUGAGAAGAGCCUUGGUCUGACAACAGAGAAAGCACCGCGUGUGUGGAGCAUGCCGGAGUGCCGACACAAUGGAAUCAAUGGUAAAGAAUCAAUGGGACAGUGAAUCCCACCUCCUAAC